ACGCAUGCGCUCGAUGAUGUACAGAACGCACGGCUUUUGGACGAGCAUCCAAUUAGUUCGUCGCCGCGGUGGACUAGCAGGCGUCCCCUUCCACCCCUCCGCCCUGCAACGUCCCUCAUCCGUUUGCAAGCACUCUCGACCACCGUGGAACGCGAGCGGCUCGGAGAUUCGCGGUUGCAGAACCGGCGCGGAGCGGCUCCGGCACUGCAGCCUCCCGGGACCGGCACGGAGCGACUCCGCGGUCACCCCAAGCGGUGCCCUGCCAACUUCCCUAGGAGCUACUGAAUGGGCUUUUCCGUCUGUCCCGUCCCGUCCCACCCCCGACCACCGAGCUCCUUCACGUGGCGGUGCCUCACGGCUCCAGCCACCUCGCCACGCGCUGCAGCUCCUCUUUAGGUAUUGAAAGGCUGUUACCAGGUCACCUCAGAGCCUUCACUUCUGCAGGCUGAACAGCCCCAGCUCCCUCAGCCUGACCUUGUAGGAGAGGUGUUCGAUCCCUUAGUUCACUUUUUUUGUGGCCAUCCUCUGGCUGUGCUCCAACAGGUCCAUGUCUCUUCUGCACUGAGGACUCUACAUCUGGAUGGAGUACUCCAGGUGAGGCCUCUUCAGUACAGAGCAGAGGGGCAGGAUCACCUCCCUGCACCUGCUGACCACGCUUCUUUUGAUGCUGACCAGGAUAUGGUUGGUUUUCUGGGCUGGGAGGGCACAUUGCUGGCUCACGUCCAGCUUGCCAUUCACCAGUACCUCCAGGUCUUUUGGGAGAGGCCUAUGCUCAGUCUUUUCAUCCCCCAGCAUGUAUUGGUAGUGGGGGGUUCUCUUGUCCCACGUGCAGGACACUGCACCUGGAUUUUUUGAACCUGAUGAGGUUCACCUGUGCCUGCUGCUUGAGCCUGUCUAGGUCCCUCUGUUUGGCGUCCUGUCCCUCUGGUGUGUCACCCCACAGCUUGGUGUUGUCAGCAAAUUUUCUGAGGGUGCACUCGACCCCACUGAUGAUGUCACUGAUGAAGAUAUUGAAGAGUAUCAGCCUCAGCAUGGACCCCUGUGGGACAACACUCAUCAUCAAUUGCCAUCCAGGUGUGGAGCCAUUGACCGCUGCUCUCUGGACUCAGUCCUGCAGCCAGUUCUUUGUCCAUUCAACAGUCCACCCAUCAAAACCGUAUUUUUCCAGCUUCCUAAAGCAGCUUCCUAAAACUCAAUCCAAUUGAAAUUCUCUGCUGUCUAGUAACAUGGACUUCUAUGAGACUGCGAGCUCAGGCUUUACAGGCCAGCAGUGGAGCCAACCAGGAGGCUUCUGGAUUUUCAAAAAGGACUGAGAAGGCUGAGAAUGAGGUGCUUUGUUUGACUUUUUACUGACUGUCUCACUUAAGGAUUCUGUCAGUCCGUAGGCAUGUUUGCUUGGUUUGGCUGGAGCUUUGGAGCUUGGUGCUUAUGACUUCAGUUCUUUCUGACACAGAGCUGCUUUGGACACUUGCUGCCUAGACCAAAUACAUACUUUGGCAGAGAUCACUCUAUGCACUGUUGUGGUUUUUUUUUUUUUUUUUAAUGUUUUGGAAGUGUGAAUGUGAUAUCUGCCUUCAAACAGGGAAUGUCUAAAAGAAAUUUAUUUAUUUAUUUUCUUGGA